GCGAUAAUCUCUCUGAUACACAGGGGGCAAGCUUUUUACCUCAGUUUAUUCUAUUCACAUUUAGUCUUAUUUUACACGUUUAGUGCCUUGUAGUCAGCAUGUCAUACAUAUUUUCUAUACUUUAUAGAUGUAAAUGUGAAUGUAAUUAUUUGUUUUAAUCGAAUAGAGUAAGCCUAUCUUAAUACUUCCUGUUUCGUUUCCUCCAUUCUCUAUCGCUUUCGCAGAAACAGCUGACGGUACCUACAUGUCCACUGGCGAGCCGUGAGCAGUGAACACGUCCAAUAAGUUUGUGUGGGUCAACCCUGAGCUGCAUUGUGUAAACCAGCACAUAGUUCCCGGUUCCUGUCAAACAGCAUGAGCAGAAGAAGAAACAGAAAGAAUCGGCUCUCUUGGGCCGAUGUGCGCGCGGUUGGAUUUGACUUCAUAGAACUGCUGGAGGAAACAAACAGGAGAUCUAUCACUGACAGAUCCACACUGAAAGACAUCUACAAUCUAGAGUUUCGAGACAGGGAUGGAGUUAAAGACCCAAACUUCUCUACAGUGCUCUUUGCAUUGAAAAAAGGCAACAAGGCGCGCAUCAGAUCAGGACAUGUUUACUUUAACAAUAAUGUCCGGGUGAGGUUGCACGAUCAGUGGUUUAGUCCUUCUCGUAGACAGAUAAAUCAAGCCACUCCCAGUCUGAGUAAUGGUGGCUCACCACCAUCCGCUAGUUACCAGGAGGCCUCUGACCCACCUUCCGUUCCAGGACCAGAGAGUGGAGUCAUAGAAAGGAGGAAACUGGCAAAAGACAUCCUACACCGACUAAACAGUAAAGACAGGUCUGAGUUUAUAGCUGAUAAAUGUGGAGUACGAGUGUACUCCAAAAUGAAGAUGGAAGACGGCAAGAUUCAGAUCUUUGUGGACAAUGCAGAGGUUUCUGAGCUGAAGUUGAUUGUGGAGAACACGGGACAAAAGGCUGUGUAUUUCACCUAUUACACCGCUCUCCACUGGCUUCAGUGUUUCACUCUGGAAGACAGCAAUAAAGUCACACGCAACAAUCCAUUCUGCCUUGAACCAUGUGGAUCGUACGAGGUGACCAUGAAGCUCAAAUUAGAUCAUGUGGGAGUUUAUUCGGCCACUCUGGCAUUUGAGUUCAAAGAAAACAUCCAUCCCUCCACCUCUCCCUACCAUAUUGUGCGCUUCAUUGAGGCAGUACACAGGACUGAGCUUGCAGCUCUUCUGGGCCCCAAAGAACCAUACAAACCUCUGAGGCUUGAGACCUAUGAACCAGUGAGAUGCAAUGUGGAUGAGGGCUUUCCACCUGAAAGUUCCACUCGAAACUUUUUGAAAUUUGUGGUGCCUCUGGAGACAUACUCUCGUCCCUUCUAUAUCUCUGAGCUGGCUGAGGUUCUGAAAGGCAACUGCUCUCCCUUCACACAAGUAAAGCACAAGGAACUGCGAACACUACUGGAGAGUGAUCUGGAUUUUCAGAACUAUGCAAAACGCUUUGAUUUACUUCUGCACUUGGAGGAGGAUCAGAUGCAUCUGGACAUCAGAAGGUAUAACAAAAAUGAUGUCUCCAUUGUGAGGGACCAUGAAAACAAACGACUACUGAUCUUAGAGGUCCCUGGUGUUUCGGAGAACAGGCCGUCAGUCCUGAGGGGAGAUCACCUGCUUCUCACCAAGAGUGAGGAGGUCCAUUUCUCAACUGUAACAAAAUACAAGGGCUACGUCCACAGAGUGGAACUGGAUCAGGUUAAACUUGGCUUCUCCAACAGGCUGCUUGACAAUUUCAUAGAUCAAAUGAAAUUCCGUGUGGAGUUUACGGUUAACCGUCUCCCAGUAAAACUGCAACAUCGAGCAGUACAUAUGGCGGUCCAGCACAACCUGGCUUGUGUGCUUUUCCCUGUGGGCUCAAUGAGUGUCCAUGUGUCUCCUCCUUCCUUGAGACUCUUCGAUAUAAAGCUGGACAAGAAUAUUGAGCAGAAAACUGCAGUAUGUAACAUUGUGGCUGGUACAUCCAAACCUGCACCAUACUUGGUGUUUGGACCUCCUGGCACUGGUAAAACUGUCACAAUAGUGGAGGCAAUCAAACAGGUGGAGGCGAAUGUAUCUGGUGCCUAUAUCCUAGCAUGUGCUCCCUCUAACAGUGCGGCUGAUCAACUGUGUGAAAAACUGAUAAGCAGCCAACAUGUUGACGCACGGAAAAUCUACCGACUUUAUGCUAGUUCACGCAAUCCAAAAGACAUCUCUGCAGCUCUCUUGAACAACAGUAAUGUGGAGGGAGGUAUGAUUGUUUUUCCAUGUAAAGAGGAUCUAAUGUCCUACAAGAUUCUGAUCAGCACUCUGGUCACUGCGGGAAGGUUGGUCAGUGGAGGUUUUCCUGUGGGUCAUUUUUCUCAUAUCUUUGUGGAUGAGGCUGGACAUGCUGUGGAGCCAGAGACUGUCAUCAGUGUGGGAGGACUACUGAAUGCAGAGACUGGACAGCUUGUUUUGGCCGGAGAUCCCAAACAGCUGGGGCCGAUUCUGAGAUCUCCUUUUGCCAUUAAAUACAGACUUGGCCUUUCAUUGCUGGAGAGGCUGAUGACACAGAAUGAACUUUAUCAGAAAGGUACUACAGGAUAUGACAACCGCUAUGUCACCAAACUGCUUCAGAACUACAGGUCUCAUCCAUCUAUUCUGAAAGUUCCUAAUGAGCUUUUCUAUGAUGGGGAGUUGGUGGCAUGUGCAGAUUUGAUCAGCUCCAGCCAGUACUGUACCUGGGAGCACCUGCCAAAAAAACAAUUUCCUGUGAUUUUCCAUGGAGUGAUUGGGAAGGAUGACCGAGAGUUAAAUAGCCCUUCCUUUUUUAACACCUCUGAAAUUGACAUCAUCAUCGACUACCUCAAGAAGCUGCUCCUGACACAAGCCAAGAAGGGCAUUGCUAAAAUCUCCCCCAAAGAAAUAGGCAUUAUUGCCCCCUACAGGAAACAGGUGGAGAAAAUCAGAAAAGGCAUCAAAAUGCAGAAGGACCUUAAAUCCUGCAUUGGCAUUGAAGAGCUUAAGGUUGGUUCCGUGGAGGAAUUUCAAGGCCAGGAGAGGAAAGUGAUAAUAGUAUCAGCUGUUCGUAGCAGCAAGGAGUAUAUCAAUUUGGACGAAACAUUCAACAUUGGAUUUCUCAAGAAUGAGAAGAGAUUCAACGUGGCGGUGACCAGAGCCAAAGCCCUACUUAUUAUGGUGGGAAACCCCAUCAUUCUACGGACAGAUGAAAACUGGGGCAGGUUUAUUAAUUACUGCACUGAGCAUGGUGGUUAUACUGGAUAUGAUAUUUCCAGCUUAGAGGGAACAGAGGAGGUUGUUGAGCGUCUGCUUGCUCUUAACAUCCACGGGGAGAUAAAUGUGGAAACUGAGGAGAGUGUGGUACAGCAAUACCUGAGUCCUGAGUGGAGACAUGAGCACUAAAUAAACAAGUGUGAUCAUUUAUUAAACAGCUCAAACUUUUCCCCUGCUGAAGCUAGACUGGAAUAGUUUAAAGUCUUAAUGAAAUUAUUAUUUUUUAAAGCCAAUGAAGUGAUAUCUGUGCUAUUCUACUUAGCUUUACAUUACUCUCAGGGAUAGAGUAUUAUAUAGGUUUUAUCAGGUGAUUUGCAGAAAAUACAUUUAUCUGCUCUGAAUAUGAAAUGAAUAUGAGCACAUGGGACAAAAUGUCAUUAAAUCAGAAUUUUUUUAUGAUAAAGUGCCUAAUUGUAACUUAUACAGUCAUACAUAAAUUAAAUUAUGUUUUUUAUUUUUUGCAUGAAAUCAUUGAAAAUGUGGCAAUUUAAUAAAAUAAUAAAAGUUUUCUGACAGCUAAAUCAUGCUGGUCUCACCUAAAAGCAAUAAUGUAAUUUAUAUAUUAUACACUGGUAAUUACUGACUGAGGAGCUGUUCAUACAGUGUGGAUGGGUUUUGUUUGUUUGUUUUCUGUGUAUGCUUGUUUGCCUGGACAUUUGGAAAGUGUUUGUUUUACAUCUGGGAUCUUUCUAGCCAAUUAUGAAUUUAUUAUUAGUAUUAUACUGUUAUUAUUCAUUCAUAGUAGUAAUUAUUAUCUAUAGUAAUAUAUGACAAAGAUUUUUGACAAUGAUAUUCCCAUUAUUUUUGGCUCAUAAACCAGCUGUAUAAUGUAGAAUCUCAUGUAAAACCACAAAUCCAUGCAAAUGCUGGGGACAUAUUAAUAGUCAACUUAAGGAGAAUUGCAGAAAAGUCAGUUUAAAAUAAUCGUCUUUUCGUUUGUAAUUGUGAUUCAUGUUUAGUAAAGGCUGAAGGUGAAGUAACAGCUUCUUACAAUGAAACAAAUGACUUAAUGAAACAGUGUAAGGUGUUUUGAUCUGACAGGUAACAUUAAGAACUGCAAGGCUUUGAUGAACAAACGCAUACUUCCCAAUAUGUAAAUAUGAGUUUCUAAAAACUUACACUAAAAAUAAAUAUCCUGUUGUUUUUACAAAAAUAAAAUAAAAACUGGCAGCUGUGGUUGUAAAAAAAAAAUUUGUAAUGUAAAAAAUACAUUAAAAAUGUAAACAACUUUAUUUUACCAUUUAAAGCUGUUGUAAUUUUCAUG